GGAAGAAACGGGAAUUUCGAUUUCAUCCAAUCAAAGAGGCUAUUGUUGAGGAGCCUGUUGACAUCACGCCGUACCUGGACCAAUUGGACGAUGCGCUGAAGGAGAAGGUGUUACUCAUUCAGAAAGGGCGAGAACAGGACCGUGACACCUACCAGACAGACACGGAGACUCAGUGUGAAAUUAUGCAGGAAAUCGUGGACAUGAUACUGGAGGAUGAUUUUGAUACAGAGCUGAUGGUGACACUGGCGUCCUGCCUCGUCGAGCUGUUUAAGGGACACUUCAGGGGUGAGGUUCUGCCAGAGGAGAUCACCGAGGAGUCUCUGGAGGAGUCGGUGGGCAAACCCCUUUAUGUUACGUUCAGGAACCUGUGUCAGAUGCAGGAGGAUAACAGCAGCUUCUCCUUGUUGUUGGAGCUGUUAUCGGAAUUGUACCAGAAGCAGCCCAAGAUCGGUUAUCACCUCCUGUACUAUCUGCGAGCCAGUAAAGCAGCAUCGGGGAAGAUGAGGCUGUACGAGUCCUUUGCCCAGGCCACCCAGCUGGGUGAUCUGCACACUUGUCUCAUGAUGGAUAUGAAAGCCUGUCAGGAGGAUGACAUUCGGCUGCUCUGCUACCUGACCCCAACUAUCUACACCUCGUUCCCCGAUGAGACGUUACGCAGCAGUGAACUCCUCAACAUGAUUGUUGCUGUCAUUGACUCUGCCCAGCUGCAGGAGUUGGUGUGCCACAUAAUGAUGGGGAACCUGGUGAUGUUUCGCAAGGAUUCUGUCCUCAACAUCCUGAUUCAGAGCCUGGAUUGGGAGACCUUUGAGCAGUACUGUACCUGGCAGCUGUUCCUUGCUCACAGCAUUCCCCUGGAGCUGGUGAUCCCCAUCCUCCAACACGUCAAAUAUAAAGAGCACCCUGAGGCCCUGUCGUGUUUACUGCUGCAGCUCCGGAGAGAGAAGCCCACUGAGGAGAUGGUGAAGAUGGUGAUGAGUCGCCCAUGCCACCCUGAUGACCACUUCACCACCAGCAUCCUGCGGCAGUGGUCCAUGAAGUACGAUGACACACUGGCCGAGCAGAUCAAGGCCCUGCUCAUCAAGAACAACAGCCUACCCCGAAAACGCCAGAGCUUACGCAGCUCCAGCAGCAAGUUGGCCCAGCUCACCCUGGAACAGAUCCUGGAACACCUCGCCAACCUACGCCUCUGCCUGCUGCCCACCAAACAGAACUUUUUUACCCAGACCCCAAUCCUGCAGGCCCUUCAGCACGUGCAGGCCAGCUGUGAUGAGGCACACAAGAUGAAGUUCAGUGACCUCUUCGCGCUGGCUGACGAUUACGAAGAUUCCUCCAAACCCUCCCGGAGCCGCCGCAAGACAGCAGCAUCCAGCCCCAGGAACCGGAAAAACACCUCCCAACCUGUCGGCAACGAUGAGGACUCCUCGUCGAGCAGUGGGACGGAAGAGGAGGAUGCGAAACCCAAACCGAAGAGGAAACGGAAAGGGUCGUCUGCAGUCGGGUCUGACAGCGACUGAGUGUGUGGCGGCCAGACAGACACCGAGAGGGGGAGAGAGAGACACAGACAGACAGCGAGAGCGCGAGGUGGAGACGCGGGGCUGCUGCCUCCGACAUCUCGACCCUGGGAAUUCGGGAACGGCACACUCUCUCACCCAUCCAGACACACCCAGACAGACACUGAGCCGGCAGGGAGCAACUGUUGCACACUCUGCUGUGUGUGUCGUUCCCCCCCCCACCCCCCCCCCACCCUUCCCUGCCGUCCCACAGCCAGCGAGGACGGGCGAGGAAGCGGGUUCCAGCGUAACGCAGACUGAGUUCAGCAGCAUUCCGCAGAGAUCGACCGGUCUGACAAUUACAUUCAGCGAGAGAGAGCGAGAGGAAAUACAGUUAAUCAGGCAUGGCAGACUUGCAAAAAACCCACCUUUUCUCACCAGUGUAAGAGACUGUCUGGAUUCUUAAGAAAAAAUGUCACACAGAGUUUUUUAAAAGGGUUUAUAUUCGAAGCAUCCUAUUUUCUUAAAAAAAAAGUUGUAAAUAAACUACAUCUUAUAA